GUCACAUUUAAUGUAAAAGAAUACAAGAGGAUAACAGGUGGUGUCAGCACUCACAUUGGAAAUAAUGAAGGUGCCUUACUUAUAGGCAUGCGUGCCCCUAAUCUCUUUGGUCGAGGGGAACGUGUUCAAGUAGAAUACAGCCAUGGCUCGAAAAAAACCAGUAACUUCAACGUAGCAUUUGUAAAACCACUAAGAGGAAAGCAUCGUCCAACUAUCACCACAAGCAUGUUCCAAUCCCAAUCUGAAUGGCCCACAUCCGGAUAUAAACAACUUGAGAGAGGACUGCUUUUUGACAUAGGUUUCUACUCAACUCCUUGGCUGAAGCACAAUAUUCAAUGGGAAGCAAAUAUUAGGGACUUAAGCGUACUUACUAGAACGGCUUCUUUUGAUGUUAGAAAAGAAUCUGGACUCAGUUUGAAAUCGGCAUUGAAACAUAUUUUAUCACUCGAUUUGAGAGAUGAUAUAAUUUUUCCAUCAGAAGGUUCCCUAUUCCAGCUUACCUCAGAGGUAGCAGGACUGGGAGGAGAUGUGGGUUUUUUGAAAAAUGAAUUUUUCUUACAAGAAAACUAUGCCAUAUUGGAGGAUAUAGUUCUUCAAGGUUGUUUUUCAGCCGGCUACAUGGCAAAUUUAAAUAAAAAUAUGAAAGUAAGCAUACCAGACAAGUACUUUCUUGGAGGACCUCUUUCGAUUCGAGGUUUCGAAAUGAGAGGAGUUGGGCCUCAUUCCGAUGGUGAUGCCUUAGGAUCUAUGGCAUUUUGGGCAGCAGGGCUACAUUUGUUCACACCUUUACCUUUCAGGCCUGGGAAAGGUGGUUUUGGAGAUCUGUUUAGGACACAUUUUUUUAUGAAUGCUGGAAAUAUAGGCAAUUUUCAGCUAGCAAAGAACAGUAACCUUCUGGAUAAUCUUAAAAAAAAUCUCAGAAUAUCCUAUGGAUUAGGAGUAGCCUUGAGGCUUGGAAAUAUGGCAAGAUUAGAAGUGAACUACUGUUUUCCAUACAUUUUUGAUAAAGGAGAUCAAAUACAUCCAGGAAUACAAUUUGGUAUUGGCGUCCACUUUUUGUAAGUAAAACUGCCAAUAUCAAAGAAAAUUAAGGCCUUUCCAACUCACUGACCUCAAGUUCCUUGUUAAAAGCGGUAGUAUUUUCAGUGCAUAUUUUUCAAUAAAUAUCAUUGUCAUAGAUUAUGAAUCAUGUUUUUAAUAAAUUAUUAUUGUUA